AUGGACGUGGCUGUCCGCUCGAGCAGGAGGAAGCUGACGUUCACCAUCGACAGCAUUCUGAGCGGAGGAGGGCCCGAGAGAGGGAAGAGGACCGACAUUUCCACUACAACGGCAGUCCCUCAUCUCUCAGAGGCAAACAAAGGGGACGUAGGAGCAGGGGCUGCCUCAACAGUGACCCAUGCGGACGCUCUUCAACCCACGUGCAUCUGCUGCUUGUGCUGCUGCCAGUGUGGGGAGAUGCUGCACACAGACUGCGUCCCAGAAACAUCUUGCCCGUUCUCCUGGGUCAAACAGUGGUAUGCUGAGACACAUGUAGCAGAAGAGGGUUCUGAGGCGCUGCAUUUUGGGCAGGUUCAGAGACGCAUGCGGCGGCACCGCACGAUCUUCACCGAGGAGCAGCUUGAUGCCCUUGAGGAGCUGUUUCUGCAAAACCAGUACCCUGACAUUAACACGCGUGAACAACUGGCUCAACGCACUCACCUGCGUGAGGAAAGGGUGGAGGUAUGGUUUAAGAACCGAAGAGCGAAGUGGAGAAGGCAGAGAAGACACUCAUUUGGCCUGCAAGACCCAGCACACUGGAGAUCUGACCUCUAGCCUGCAAAAAAAAAAAAAGAAAAUGAAAAAAAAAAAAACAUUAAAAUGGCAUUCAU